CCCAAAAGCAACACAAAACGGGGCCAGCAGACCCGCGCAUCAGCCAGUAAGUAGCAACACAAUUCCAAGGAGUAGUUUCUUGGCAAGCUGACCGAUCGCGUCAGCAAGUAGCAAAUCCAAGCAAGAAAAAUGGCAGCGAGGGCGGCGCCGUUCUGGCUCCUGGCCGCGGCGCUGGUCGCGGCGGCGUCCGCGCAGUCCUCCGGCUCCGGCGGCGGCGACUGCACGUCGGCGCUGGUGAGCCUGUCCCCGUGCAUGGACUACAUCAGCGGCAACGGCACGUCGGCGCCCAGCGCCUCGUGCUGCUCGCAGCUCAAGGCCGUGGUGCAGUCCAAGCCGCAGUGCCUCUGCGCCGCGAUCGGCGGCGGCGCCUCGUCCUCCCUCGGCGGCGUCGAGAUCGACCGGUCGCGCGCGCUCGGUCUCCCCGCCGCCUGCAACGUCCAGACCCCGCCCGCCAGCCGGUGCAACGCCGGGUCGUCGGGCGGCGGGUCGAAGGCGACGCCAUCCCUGCCAUCCGGCGCCGCGGCGCUCCGGUGGCCGGCGGGUCUCGUGCUCGGCCUCGCCGUGGCUGCGGUCUACGCCGCGACUGCUGCGUGAUGCGCGGAGCGUGGCGAUUCAGGACGCGUUGCGUCGUGUAAACUUUCUUUUCAGCAGCACUUCGGGAGGAGGAUUUCCAGCGUUGUGUGUGCCUCUACUCUAUGGAUUUGUGUCAUUUGUGCCAUUGGUUGAUUCCGCCAUUCCGGGGUCAUAAUAAAUUUGCAGAUAUAUAUGGCAUGUUCUUUAAUGAUC